AUGACCAGACCACCCCAAGUAUCCACCUUGCCCUCGCAACAUGAAACUGCACCCCGGAAGCAAUAUUAUCAUCAGCACAACAGACCGGGACAGGUCCACUCAAUUUUAGGCGGUGGAGCAGGCAGGCCAGUAAGAUCGGCCGAUUCUAAAUCGAUACUGCCGGAGGGAGAACUCUGUCAAGGGUGGGCGAUGAGCUGUAUACAGGUCCACAGACGGCGUGCGCAGCCUACGACUGCCUCCUCGAGGUUGAUGGCACAAGAUGUUCAUCACGAUGGUCAUGAUGAUGCUGACUCCACCGGGGAUCAAGAAUUGGCGCUGUGGUUUUGUUAUAACCAAGCCCUGCACGGGGUCCAAGGAUGGACCCGGGCUGGCGUCGAUUGCCUUUGA